AAAAAAAAGAAAAAGAAAUUCGUAAAGAUAAAAAGAGGAAACUUAGGUAUUCAUUAAUGGUGUUAGAUAUUUUUUUAUUUUUUAUUUUUGUUUUUGGCACAAUGGAAAACAAAAAAAUCAGAAUCCAUGGUGAUGGGGAUGGAGAUGGUGAUGUUGAUCGAAUAUCAAAAUUGCCAGAAGAAACCCUCCAUAUCAUCCUCUCAAAGCUGUCCAUGGAAGACGCAAUCCGCUUCAGCACGGUGUCCAAGAUUUUCUUCUCUGCGGCUCGAUCCUCACCGGUGCUCGAUUUCGAUUAUACCAUAUUCUCCAAGAAAUCAUCAGCAUCGCCACGGGACAAAUUGACUUCGUAUGAAUCUUUUUUGGAUUUCGUCUUUAAUUCCGUUGAACGUCGACGGCGACUUUCGUUGACUAAUAAUAAUAACAAUAAUACUGAUGUUAGUUUACAGAGAUUGAGAUUUUUAGGGCCUGAAAGUAGAUAUGUAAUAAAUGAUCGGAGGGUUGAACAUUUGGUAAAUUUUGCAUUAGAGAAGAAAGUCGUUGAACUUGAUCUGCAUAUUUUUUUGCCUACUCUCAUAUUUUCUUCUCAACACUUGAAAAUCUUGAAGCUAUCAGGUUUAACUCUCAAGGGGUAUUUGCAGGAUUAUUUAGUUUUAAGUUCUCCAUUGAUUGAGCAAUUCGAUCUUACUCGCUGCACAAUUUUGAAACUCAUCGAUUUGUCUGAGUGUGCUAAUCUCAAACACCUAGUUUUUGACUCUGUCUAUGGACUAGAAAAGGUUAACCUUCAUCCCCUGCUCUGUCUUGAAUCUUUUUCAUGUAUCGAUUCGCCUUAUAUUGGCAAGAUAAUCAAGCUCUUUCUUUUAGAAUCGCUAAAGCUUUUGGAGAUCAGGGACACUGAGAUUUCUAUUGAUCAUCAGGAGUGGCUACAUCACCAUGUUUCUCAGUUCAACUUGCUUCAAACUCUGAAACUCAUUAGAUGCUUAGAACUGAAGCAUGUUCAUGUGAGUAGCAAUAGUUUGAAAAUUUUGGAGUUGGACUGUUUCUCUGGACUUGACAAUGUCAGCGUUGUGGCCAGAAAUCUUGAAUCUUUUAUAUUCUGUGUUGAUGAUCAAUCGAAAAAGAAUUUUUGUGACAUUGAUAUCUGCAGUUGUAUAAAUCUCAAACACAUAAAACUGAAAGGUGUUGAUAAUGGAUUAACAGACAAGUUUUUCUCUGGAUUUGGGUUUCUUGAGGGGUUGGAAUUGGAAAACUGCCGUUUUUCGCUUAACAAGAUUGAUUUCUAUGGUGGGAGUCUAAGAAAAUUGAAGCUGUUGGAAUGCCACAACUUGUGUAGAAUUGAUAUUGCAGCUCCAAAUCUAGUUUCAUUUGAGUUCAGUGGGUUUGAACUGCCCUUACUCUUACCUCUAGAAUCUCUCUCUUCUAGGAUUCAUGAACCCAAGAUCAAGGUGACUACGCCGCAUUUAGAUGUCACAGACCGGUUUCUUGAACGUUUCAGGGAUUUUCUUGCAUCUUUCGGACAUUGUCAAAGAUUGUCUCUAUGUUGUUCCUACAGUGAGGCGUUGAUUUUUCCUAAAGAAAUGAGAGAAAAUAUGAUUCCACCAUUGUAUUGGGUCAAACAUCUCAAGGUUCAAGUUCGUUCAUUUCAGCAUAGUCUGGUGCAAUUGAUAGAACACUUGCUUUGGCUUGUUCCUUGUGUGGAAUCUAUGUCUAUCACUAUCAGCUAUCACAGAGUGACAAAGCCAUUCAAGUUAGAGUUCCAGUGCAAGCCUGCAGUUGAGGAAGACGUGGAUGAAUUUGGCUGUAAACCACUACUACCUGGAAAAUUGUGGGAAGAUUACUUGGUAGAAGCUGAAAAGAACAACUUUGAAGAUUUGAUAGAGGAAAGGAGUCGUGUGCAUAAUUUUUUGUGUGAAAAUGGCAAGCCAAUAACCAUUUUUAUUUGUCCCUUUAGAGACAGCUCAGAAAGAUUUUGAUCUCUCUAAUUUGUUAAAAUAUGAGUUUGUUAAAAACCGCUCCAACUAUGUUAGAUAUUUAUAGUUUUUCUGCAAUAAAAUAUUUCCUUUUUAUUUAA